AACCCUCGCCUCUGCAACUUCAACUCCAACCUGCUAAAGCCUAGGGCUUCGUUCUUCUCUUCAAUGGCUACCAUUGCUCUCAGAAAUUCUUCUUCUACUUCCAAGCGUCUCUUCCCCUACUCCUCUCAAAUCUACUCUUCCUUCUCUCGUCCCUCCAAUUCCCCUCUCUCUAAUCCCGCUUUUCCAAAUGACACUACCUCUUCUUCCAAUCCAUGGUGGAGAUCCAUGGCCACUUUCACUAGAACAAAACCUCACGUUAAUGUCGGAACUAUUGGACAUGUUGAUCACGGGAAGACUACGCUCACUGCAGCAAUUACCAAGGUGCUAGCAGAUGAAGGGAAAGCUAAGGCUAUUGCCUUUGAUGAAAUUGACAAGGCUCCUGAAGAGAAGAAGAGAGGAAUCACAAUUGCAACGGCACAUGUUGAGUAUGAGACCACGAAAAGACACUAUGCACAUGUAGACUGCCCUGGACAUGCAGAUUAUGUUAAAAAUAUGAUAACAGGAGCUGCCCAAAUGGAUGGUGGUAUACUUGUUGUAUCUGCACCUGAUGGACCUAUGCCUCAAACCAAGGAGCACAUUCUCCUUGCUCGUCAAGUUGGUGUGCCAUCUCUUGUGUGCUUUUUAAAUAAAGUUGAUGCUGUUGAUGAUCCAGAGUUGUUAGAGCUUGUUGAAAUGGAGCUCCGUGAGCUUCUGAGCUUCUACAAGUUCCCCGGGGAUGAUAUUCCCAUCAUUAGAGGUUCAGCAUUGUCUGCUUUACAGGGUACAAAUGAAGAGAUUGGAAAAAAGGCCAUUCUAAAAUUAAUGGAUGCUGUAGAUGAAUACAUUCCCGACCCUGUUCGCCAGCUUGACAAGCCUUUCCUAAUGCCCAUUGAAGAUGUGUUCUCAAUUCAGGGUCGAGGAACAGUAGCCACUGGCCGUGUUGAACAAGGGAUCGUGAAAGUGGGUGAUGAAGUUGAGGUCUUGGGUCUAAUGCAGGGUGGUCCUUUGAAAACAACAGUAACUGGAGUUGAGAUGUUCAAGAAGAUUUUGGAUCAAGGGCAAGCAGGUGAUAAUGUUGGUCUUCUUCUCCGUGGACUGAAACGUGAAGACAUUCAACGUGGUCAGGUUAUUGCCAAGCCUGGUUCUGUUAAAACAUACAAGAAAUUUGAGGCAGAGAUAUAUGUACUCACAAAGGAUGAGGGUGGGCGACACACUGCUUUCUUCUCUAACUAUAGACCUCAGUUUUACUUGAGGACUGCUGAUAUCACUGGAAAAGUAGAGUUACCUGAAAAUGUUAAAAUGGUUAUGCCUGGAGACAACGUCACUGCUGUGUUUGAAUUGAUUUCAGCUGUUCCACUUGAAGCAGGACAGAGAUUUGCCUUGAGAGAAGGAGGCAGAACAGUUGGUGCAGGUGUGGUGUCAAAAGUGCUGAGCUAAUGUGCGCGAUAUGUGAUUCAUCUUUUAGUCUACACAUUUGCAAAAGGGGAUGGAAGUCCCGAAACCAGACUAUUAUAUUGAAAAUCAAACCAUAUGGCAAUCAAUUCAUAUUUAGCGGUUGUGUUGGAUGAAAUUGAUUAAAUUGAGUAAAUUUUAGAGAAGCUCAUCUUCAUUGUUCAAUUUUGUAGUGCAUAAUUUGUCAACAUACUAUUGACCGCGAUCCUGUUUUAUUAAAAAUAAUUUGUGAAUCAUCUUUACAUGUGUUUGAAGUCCAGCCCGUUGAUGUUGGGUUUUG